AUGGACCAAGAAAUAGCUAUAGAAACGAUUGAAGACAUUAACACAAAACAGGAAACUUCAGAAUCAAAUCUUUUAUCGAAUGGUUUUGGCAGUGAUGAGGAUCUAAAGGUUGUAAAUAAUGGCUUUGAAAAGGAAGAGGUCAAACAAAGCCAGAUAAAAGAACUACAUUCUGAAACUCUGUCAGCUCCACUGAGUCCAGAUGAUAUAAAAGAACCAGAGGAACCUAACCACAUUGAACAUUGCCCUCAAGUCAAUCCCUGCAAUGCUCUGGACAGUGAAGAUAUCAAAUGCAGCGCCAAUAAUGAGGGAGAUGAAUUAAAAUCUGCAGAAAAUGAUGGUUGGACUCUAAUUCUUGGCCAUGAUCAAAUUAAAAAACGAGUAAUAAUGAAAGGAGAUGAGAAAGCAUGCAGACCUCGAAAUGGGCAGCAGAUCCAGUUGAAAUGUUCAGGCAAGCUGGAUGAUGGGACAGUUGUUGAUGUCCAUGAGAAGUUAACAUUGGCACUAGGAGAAGAUGAACAUAUAAAUGCAUUUGAUCUCUGUGUGCCAUUGAUGCACCCUGGCGAGGUGUGUGAACUGGUUACCGAGGCAAGAUUUGCAUAUGGAGAGAAGGGUAGGAAACCAGACAUUCCAGGCAAUGCUCGUAUAACUUAUGAACUGGAACUCUUGGAUGUCCAAGAUCAACAACCUUAUUCCUCAAUGCCUUUGCUCACUAGGACAAACAUUGGAGAAAGUAAAAGGGAGCGAGGGAAUGAAUUGUAUGGGAGGGGUGAGUUCACGAGGUCUAUUGAUGCAUAUCACAGAGCUAUCAAGGCACUUGGCGAUGAUGACGAGCAUAACAACAAUGAAGACGACACCACACUGCUCCAGUCCUGGCUGGAUUCCAGAGUUAAGUGCUUCAAUAACAUGGCUGCUGCCCAAAUGAAGAUUGAUGCCUGGGAAGCAGCUGCUAGGUCUUGUGAUCAGGUUUUAAAGGUGCAGCCAGAAAAUGUUAAGGCCCUUUUCAGAAAAGGAAAGUGCCUCAUGAAUCAAAGAGACACAACUGGAGCAGUAUUGUGUUUGAAAAAAGCUCUCAAGCUAGAUCCAAAUUCAAAGGUUGUCCUGCAAGAACUACAGAAGUUAGAGAAAAAGAAACAACAAGAGAAUGAAAUAGAAAAAAAUUUAUAUAAGAAAAUGUUGGGCACAAAAACGGAAGAAACAUCUAAUAAAAAACUUCAGACUUCUUCUAACAAGUGGUUCUGGUAUGGAUUUGGAGCAGUUUCAAUGGCUGGUCUCUCUGCACUCCUCAUGGCUUACCACCGAUGGUCAUAAUUACAACACCCUCAAUGAACGAUUCUUCUUCACUUGUGUUCCCGUUGUAACGUCUACAUUGUAAUAAUUUCUUAAUAGCUAAUAUUAAUUUUUCAUGCAAGUCUCAUUGGUCUUAACUAAUAGACUGAGUUCUGAGUUCUAUUUAUAGUACUUAACAUUUUUCAUACUUGUUUAAAUAUUCACCAAAAAUUUAUUUAAAUCGAUGAAUUGUUCAUGUGGAUUUUUGAUGUCUUGAACUUUGUUUAUCAAUUCAAUUGAUCGUCUGAUAUCCUAAUAUAUAAUAAGUCAUUUGUAAGUUUUUUCUCACUUUGUCCUAAUAAAAUUGUCACGAAAAUGUCGAAACUUAUAAAAUAAAAA